CGUUGACAUCGCGGGACGAGCGGACGCGGCCUUCGACGGGAAGCCGGCCGGCUCUGUCCGAACGUUGCUCCACAAGUUCAUUCUUUCCAGCGUGUGUUCGCCCGUUUGGGGUCGGUCGCUGAGCCCAACCAAAAGAACCUUUCCUACUUCUUUGUGUGCCAACGUGAGAAGAUGGUCGUGGUUUCUCGCGCAUGUUCACGUGGCGCGGCGGGCGCGGAGCUACGGACGCCGGGCUCCUUUCAUCCAGUGGGCUGGGCGAUUUAGCCUGUCGCCGUUAGCAGUCACCGGUCCGACCGCGAUCUUCCCGUCGACGUUAUCUCCGUCCCAGAGAAUAACGGUCGCGCUGCCUGAUAAAGCGCAAAAGCCUUUUCGUCCGUUGCCGUCAUUUAGGAAAGCUUUCAGCCCGCGAUUCAUUUUCGCAUCUGUGCCGUUAAUCCGAGCGUCAGAAAAUUGGGCAAAGUCAGUUCCAUUUUAAAUUAGGGCGAGUCUUGGGUCCGCUUUCACGUCACACAUUCAAACGGUGUCGCUAGAGAAGAAUACGAAGAAGGGAGAGGAGAAAAUGGCCAUCGCCAUCGAUCUGUCUCAGUCACAGCGAACGCUCGAUUCUGUUCGCCGGGUGUGUGUGUGUGGGGGGGGGGGGGGCAGACGCAUAUCAAACACCGUCGUGUCCUGAGACUGCGGGCACGGGGGCGGUCAUUAGCGCUCGUGCUAGCUCGUCGCCAAUGCGCUGACAUCCCACUCGGAUGCAAAAAUGAAAAAAGAUCAAAUUUCAACGUAUCGAAGACUUGCAGUUGUUUUGCGUUAGAUGCCGCGGAUCCGAAAAGAACGGAAAGCGUCGGUGUGCAAACCCGGCCGCAUUUCUGAAUCAACAAUGGCUGCCUGAGGUCAUUGCAAUGUCAACAAUAGGUCAAAAGUAAAUACGCCGCCACGACGGCGUCACGGGACACGUCGGUCCGGUCGUACCUCAAACAAGUCGCGCGCCGUCAACAAGAUUUCAGCUGAUGACGUUUGAACGCGCUCGCCCCAAAAACGCUCGGGAUGAACGUUAAAGGUGUGCUACGUCUUCACGACACGUUUUAAAAGGAUAGUUUGGAUUCACGACGGGCGUUAAAGGGACAAUCCGUCUUUUUACGGGACUUAUUCCAUUUGAGAUUAUUCUGGAAAGGUAAAAAAAAAAAGUGGCAGGUUAAUUGAAAAUUUUCAAGCCAAUCACAAAAUGCAGAUCCUGUGAGAUUGGCGUCUCCCUUUGGAUGAUUGACGCAACGGAUCAAAACAGGACGCGACCCUCGUGAGGAUAAGCCACUCAGAAAAUGGAUGGAAGAAUGGAGUGAGGAUAUCCCGCGAACCGAAACGAGCGCAGAAGGAAUUGGUGUCCAAUGUUGGGGCUCCAAUUGUGACCAGCAGAGGGCAGUAGGACAGGACUCGAUGCGCGGGUGAAGUCAGGUGAGGCCGCGGUUCCGAGCGCCCCAUUUCUGCUUGGAUGGGCGCCGUCUUAGCUCGGCGAUCCUCUUCAUCACGCGUUGGAGGAGGGAGCCGGUCGAGUUUGUCUUUCAAAGGUUGGCCCGCCGGUGGCUCCCCAAAAAUCACCUUUGUCCUGUUUUGUGUGCGGCAAGUUGAGGGCUCGGGCGUGGACGGCGGCGGCGGCGGCGGCGUCCAGUCUUCCUCGGACAGCGACAACCAUUUGACGGAGCGCUUUGAGAUUUCAGCGUCGAGCUUUGGGGGCGCGGAGCAAGCGCAUUCCGGCGAGGAGUCGUCCACGCGGGAAGAGGCCGACGGGCAACGUAAUCCUCUGGAUAAGGCACAGGGGGCGCCACAACAACAAUCUUCAUUGGCCGCCACGGAAGAAAGUGCCGCCCCCUCCGCCGCGAAACCGCCGACGACGGAGGACAACUCGGAGGAUCCGGAGGCAGGGUGUCGCAAAACUGCUGAUGCGUGGAAUCAGAAUCCAAAUCAGGGGCCCCGGACAACGAACGCCGCCGGCUCAUCUCCCCGGCGACCCGUCUCCAAGUGCUGCGACCUGCUGGUCUCGCUGGAGUACCGAGGGGCGGCCCAGGAGCUGCUGGUCACCGUGGCGUCGGCGCGAGAUCUUCCGGACAGGCGGCGCGGCGGCGCGGACGCCUGGCGGGUCCACGUGGUCCUCCUGCCCGCCAAGAAGCAACGGCGCAAGACAGUUCUCAGGAGGCCGGCCGGCGCCGAGGGAGCAGCGGCGCUGGACUUCAACCAGACCUUCGCUUUGACGCCCGUGGAGGCCUCGAGCCUGCCGGCGGCGGCUCUCAGGUUCCGCGUGUACGCCCUGGAGGGGAUGGUGUCGCGGCGGCGGAUGAUGGGCGAGAAAGUUCUGCCUCUGACCGGCGUCGACCCGGCCGGCGGAACGGCAGACUUCCGUCUGGUCCUGGGGCCUCGCCAUGACGUCGAGGGCGCGGACUCGGAACCCGGCCCGGCCGCCUCGCCGACGCAGAGCGCCGCUCCCGAGCUCCUGAUGGGCCUCUCCUACACCUCCGCCACCGGCAGGAUGUCGGUGGAGGUCGUCAAGGGGAGCCGCUUCGGGAACUGGGCCGCCGGCGGAGCUCCCGGUACUCGGGUCCGUCCGCCGGUCUCCACUAUCCACGCCGUGUUCGUCGUCGUCCACCUCGCCUCAGACACGUUCGCCCGACUGACGCUGCUGAACUCGGCGGGCGUGGAGAUGUCGCGCUGCAAGACGUCGGUGCGGCGCUCGCAGCCCAACCCCGUGUACAAGGAGACCUUCGCCUUCCAGGUGGCGCUCUUCCAGCUGUCGGACGUCACGCUGGUGGCGUCCGUCUACGGCCGGCGCGGCCUCAAGCGCAAGGCGAUGAUCGGCUGGGCCGCCCUGGGCCGCGACGGCAGCGGUGAGGAGGAGCGCCUCCACUGGCGGGACAUGAAGGACGCGGGCGGCGCGCAGGUGCGCCGCUGGCACGUCCUCCUCGACGCCUGACCCCGAUGACGUUGCGCACGCGGUCAACUCCCGGCCGGUCAGGGCAAAACAUUACUUUGGGUACUUUUUUCACUUGGAAGAAGACCGAAUUUCAUUGGAAUACGUUAGGGUUAGCUGUUGGCUGUCAAAAACCGUGCCGGCGGUCGCAAAGAAGCAACUUGACCGAAGUCAGAGCCCGUUGACCGCGGCGGAACCGAUGAUGGAUGCAAAGUGCGCAGUGGACUUUUUAUUCGACGUCACUGCCUGACCCGCAAUUUGGUCGCGCCCGAAAAAACGAGGCCACCUUCUCGAGAAACAUUUUCCAGAUCCGAGUUGGAAUAAUUACAACGCUCAAGCUGUACAUUCGGACUUUGGGGGAAAAAAAGUUCGACAGUAGCGUCGUAACAGAGAUUUCGUGUUUUUAGAUUCAAGUCGUCAUUUGGAAGAAAAAGCCCGGAACUUUUUUCUUGUAGAAUACAACUCCAAAAAUGUGGAACUUUUUUUUUUUUCUCCCGAUUUUCUGAUCAAAAAUGUAAAUUAAUCGCAACGAAAUUCAACUUUUUUCACGACUCAAUGUUCCAACAUGUAAUGCAUAACUUUAUGUUAAAUGAGAAAAAAAAAAUAAAGGCAACAAUUUACUUUGCACUUUGGAAAAUAUUGCAGGAUUUUUUUUGGUCACGUUUUUCUUAUCAAAAUUAUUAUUCCGGUUGGGUU